CGCGCCGGCCUGCGCCGUCGCCGCCCAGACGCCGCCCCGGCCCCCGUCAAGGUCACGCCGCCGGGCCGCGCUGGGGCCCGGUGGCCUGGGGGUCCGCGCACCCGGGACGCGGCGAGGGGGGGGGUGGCGAGCGGGAUCCUGGGAGUCCGGCGUCCCGCCGCUUCCUGGCCAGGGCGCCCCUGGGAGGGUCGGGGGGGACCCCGCUGCUUCCUGCCUGAGGUGGACUCGGAACGGGAGCUCCCGGCGGGUGGGGGGGUGUCAGGACGUCCCCGCCGCCGCCGCCGCCGCCGCGCCCGACUUUCCCGCUGGGGGAUCGGACGCGGGAAACUGGGGAUCUGGGUCGUCUCGUCCGCCCCCCGCGCCUGGAUUUUUUGCUGGGGGACCCGGAACGGGGCUCUGGGAGCGUCCGCAGGGGCCCCGCUGCUUCCUGGCCGAGCGGGACCCGCAACGGGAGCUCCGGAGGGGUCUGGGGCGCCUUGUCUUCCGCCUCGCUUGCACUUCCCGGUGGCGGAGCCCGAGCGGAAACGGGAGGGUUCUGGGGCGCCCGGGGCUCCCCCCCCCCCCCCCAGCCCGCGCACCAACUUGGCGGGUCGGCGCACGUGGCGGGCCCGGCCCCGGAGUGCCAGUUCUGCCGCCGCGCAGAACUUGUUCCAGCCGGGACUCGGGGUGGCGGCUCGCCCCGUUUCCGCUCUUGGCCCCUUCCCGAAGUGCUAAGAACGCGGAAGACACUGGCUCCUGCCCGGCCGGCGUGGUUUUUCGGUUACAUUUCUCCGGCGGCCCCGGGGCGGGUGUGCGUGUCCCCACGGCCGGAGCUUUGAAGAGGCGCGGGUUUGUGGUCAAGCGCUGGGUUCGGAAGCUCUUCGUGGGCGGUCUUGACUGGAGCACCACCCAAGAGACUCUACGCAGCUACUUUUCCCAAUAUGGAGAAGUUGUAGACUGCGUGAUCAUGAAAGAUAAAACCACCAACCAGUCUCGAGGCUUUGGGUUUGUCAAGUUUAAAGACCCAAACUGUGUGGGGACGGUGCUGGCCAGCAGACCACACACGCUGGACGGCCGAAACAUCGACCCAAAGCCAUGCACACCUCGGGGGAUGCAGCCGGAGAGGACACGGCCGAAGGAAGGAUGGCAGAAAGGACCCAGGAGCGACAACAGCAAAUCAAAUAAGAUAUUUGUCGGUGGGAUCCCUCACAAUUGCGGUGAGACAGAGCUCAGGGAAUACUUCAAGAAAUUCGGAGUGGUCACAGAAGUGGUCAUGAUCUACGACGCAGAGAAGCAGAGGCCUCGAGGUUUUGGAUUUAUUACUUUCGAGGACGAACAAUCAGUGGACCAGGCUGUCAACAUGCAUUUUCACGACAUCAUGGGCAAAAAAGUGGAAGUUAAACGGGCCGAGCCACGCGACAGCAAAAGCCAAGCGCCGGGACAGCCAGGUGCCAGCCAGUGGGGCAGCCGGGUCGUGCCCAGUGCUGCUAAUGGCUGGGCAGGCCAGCCCCCACCCACGUGGCAGCAAGGAUACGGCCCACAAGGAAUGUGGGUACCAGCCGGACAGGCAAUCGGUGGCUAUGGACCACCCCCUGCGGGAAGAGGAGCCCCCCCACCGCCGCCACCGUUCACCUCGUACAUUGUGUCCACCCCUCCCGGAGGCUUCCCCCCUCCUCAGGGCUUCCCACAGGGCUACGGUGCCCCUCCACAGUUCAGCUUUGGCUACGGGCCCCCGCCUCCACCGCCGGAUCAGUUUGCCCCACCUGGGGUCCCUCCUCCACCUGCUACUCCAGGGGCAGCACCUCUGGCCUUCCCACCGCCUCCGUCUCAGGCCGCCCCCGACAUGAGCAAGCCCCCGACGGCCCAGCCAGACUUCCCCUACAGCCAGUACGGUUACGGACAGGACUUGGCCGGCUUCGGACAGGGCUUCUCAGAUCCCAGCCAGCAGCCCCCCUCGUAUGGGGGCCCCUCAGUGCCGGGCUCGGGGGGCCCCCCCGCCGGCGGAAGUGGCUUUGGACGAGGUCAGAACCACAACGUGCAAGGAUUCCACCCGUACCGACGCUAGCUGGCCGGCGCCGUGUGGACGUCAGGGCGGCCGAGACCCAGGAUUUAAAACUUGUGAACUCGUGACAAUCACAAACUUGGCAGAAAAAUAGCGGCUCACCGUUGGGGGGAGGGGGGCGAGAGGCUUUUGGAGGCGGCUGUGGGUGUCUGGACUGAAGUUUUUAAACAUAUUUCUUUCUCUAACCCAUCAGCACAAUAAAACAAAGUCACUGGUUCAACAACAGGGUUUAAAAAAAAUGUCUUCAGCUUUAAUUCAGAACUUCAGGUUUCUUUUUCUCCUUUUUUUUUUGAAAUUAUUUUCCUGAGCCUUUUGUUUUACCGUAUAUUGUAAACUUUUAUGUUAAAGAAAAAAUAUACAUUUACAAAUUGUGAGAUUUUUAAGAGAAAUUUUCUACGAUGUAUACUGGCUUAUUUUUUAAUUUAAAGCAGGGUUUCCGUCGGCACUGGUGGCAGUGAGGGGCGUUCCAGUGCCUCACUCCUGGCUUUGAGGGUCGGGGCUUGUUGGUCCAGAAACUCUGGGAGCUUACAGAAAAAGUCUACUGAGCGUGUUUUGUUUUUUGUUUCUUCCUUGCUUUUGUCGACUGACCUGCCUGGCAGCGCCCGCAGGUGCGCCGUGGGGGCCGCGCCCGCCCCGGCAGCAAGGACAAGGAGGCCUUGUCAGCCGCUCUCCCGCGCGCGUGGUUUCAGGGCGUCCCUACCGACCAGUUUGACCCUGGUUUGAAUAAAGAGAAGUGCGUUUGGAUUAGAAA